AUUGUGUUUUAUUUUCCCAGGAAGACUGAAUAGGGAUGCUUCGAAGUGGCGUAAGGAAGUCUUCCUCAAAAUUCUUCGCUUAGUGCGAAAAAAAAAAAAAAGUUUUGUGAUGGACGGAAGCGCAACUUUUGUUGAGCUGGAUCGAAGCGUCGGUCCGGGAUGUUCUGAAGUUAGUAUUCUGGACCCGAACGAAAGUUCAUUUUACGACUUCGUUAGUGACGAAGAAGUGACGGAGCGGAAACAGGAGGAACCAUGUGAAGACAGUGAGGAUUCGUCUGAUAAUCCGGAGGAUGUGGACGCCGUCAGCGAGGACGAACGCGUUGUGAGAAGUUUACGAGAACGUGACAAGCUCGUUUUUAUUCUUAGUGAAGCUGGUAAACCGAUUUAUUGCCGGCACGGAAGUGAAGAGAAGCUGGUCAGUCUUUUUGGUUUGAUGCAGGCAUUAGUUUUUUGUGUGCAAGACGACGACGAUCAAAUCAAGUCCAUAACAGCUGGUGCUUACCGGAUAGCCUUUCUUAAUAAAGGACCCUUGAUUUUCGUUGCUGUGUCACGUAGAGGUGAAACUCCUGGUCAACUUGCUCUUCAUUUAGGGUAUGCGCAAAGUUUGAUCGUGAGUGUCCUGACCGCUGCGCAGUUGAAAAAGAUCUUCGAGCAAAGAAGAAAUUAUGACCUUAGAAAGUUACUUGGUGGAGCGGAUCGAUUGAUGGAUAACCUCUUAGAUGGAUUGGAACAGGAUCCUGCUUACCUUCUUGGGGCUGUGAGCUGCCUUGCUUUGAAUCCAAGCGUGCGUGAUAGUAUUUCUGAUGCAAUCGUCAGACACUGCGCCAAAUUAAAGAAUUUGGUUUUCGCCAUCUUGCUAGCUGACUCACAGCUAGUGACACUGGUCAGGAUGAAGAAGUACAUGCUCCAUCCGGCGGACCUGCAUUUGUUGAUCAAUCUAGUUGCCAGCUCUGAGUCCUUCAAACUUUCUGAAAGCUGGACCCCAAUUUGCUUGCCGCGGUUCGAUGCGAAUGGGUUCCUACAUGCACACGUGUCUUACUUGGCUGAUGAUUGCCAGGCGUGUCUGCUUCUACUAACUGUAGACAAAGACCAGUUUUUUGUUCUUUCUGAAGCGAAGCAAGGAAUAGUCCAACGUCUUCGACGUUACAAGUGCCUGGAAGCAAUAAAUCGAGCCAUGAAGAAUGGCGGUUACACGAUGCAGGACGUGAACAUUCCUGAGAUACGGCACUUUUUGUACAAAGCUCGUCCUACGGCCCAGUACACGGCACCCUUGUUUUCAGCGCCCUACGACGACAGUUACGAGAAGGAUCGAUUAUUGGCAUUAUACCACCGAAUGCAUCAACGCAUGUUGCUGCCCGGAUCUCAACGUCACCUCAAACUGGUCUAUGUCGUUGGCAAAUACGAAUGUUUGCUGUGUUGGGUAACGGCCUUUUUCGAGCUGUAUGCGGCUAUUGAACCUCUUGUUGAAAAAGAAGCGGUGAUACCAAGAGUUGAAAAGCUCCUCAACUGGAUAAAAAGUGAAGAGAGUCGAUUAUUCAUUUUGACGUCAACUACAUUCUAGACUACUGUAUUGGUCAUAUUCGUUUUGUGAUGUACACGCGGUGAUGCGCUCUGAGGAGUAUUUACAUUUCUUGAUCCAUUGGAAAAUUGAAGAAUUUGUGAUAUUUUUCGGGUGCUGCUCUCCGUCCACAUUUUUAUUCAUUUUGUGCUUCAAAUUCUUUUUCUAGCUCUUUUUGUAAGUGGAGUGAAUGAUCCUACAAAGGAUCUGCGCUGUGAGAAAAUUUCAAUUUUUCGUUGUCGUUCCUGUGACACCAAGGUUUUCCGGAUUCUGGUCUUCACUUUCCAGCGUCCUUUCCGAAAAAUGUUUCUGCCUCUCAGAAAUGUCCUCCAACUGGAGUGACGUUCAUGUUAUAGCAUCAAUCUGGCAAGAUUUUUGUACCGUCUUUUGACUGUUCUUUCUUCGUUGCUCUGCAUAUGAAUUAAGUACGCUGAAAAAUCUGAAAUUACAAGAGUCGCAGAUUUUCACC